GCUUUAUGUGGAAUAAUUGACUUGUAUGUCACAAGCGAUUCGCACAAAUUCGGACCAACUUUGAUUGACCUCCUCUCAGAGUUGCCGCAUUUGAAAGAAUGGAAGCCAUGGAUUUGGACGGGGAUGCAGUAGUGGACUUGAGUGUUAGCAGCAGUGGCAGGAGAAAUUCUCCAUCGAUCACUGCUAACUCUGGUGAUGUAGGAGUUCCAUUAGAUUUAGGUGUUCACUUUUCUUCAAGUCCUAAUAUGGACAACAACAUACCAGAAGCACGUAACAUUCAAAAUGCAGCAAGGGGCAUCUUAGCUCCCAAGUCAGGUGAUGAUAGGAAGACACGCCGUAAUCUCAGACCUAGGAUUGAAAUAAGUUAUGCAGAGAGCCCUGAUGAGCGUAGAAUAAAUGGUUACGUGAAUGGAAAUGCAGACAGUGAUGAAGGUGAUAUGCCUCCCUUGCCUCCAAUAAAAGAAUUAUCAUCAGAUGAGUUAGCUGAACGUGAAAGGACACUUAGAAAAUUAAGGGAUGAACUUAGAUCUGAGGAAAUGAAGUUGGUUCUGUUAAAGAAAUUAAGGCAGUCCCAACAACUAAAAGAAAAUAUUGCUGCUGUACCAAAAGUACCCAGUAAACUACCACCACCAGUUACAGUACAACAAGCUCCUCAUAGUCAUAGGACAGGGAAGGCACCACCACCUUUGCUUAGAGGACAACCUGCACCUAUUAGGAGCAGUAGUUUACAUGCUCCUCCACCUGGAAUGUUAUUACCACCCACAGUUGGUCGAAGUUCUACUUCCAGUACUGGAAUGCCACCUAAUAUGGUCAUACCACAACCACCUCACCCUAGGGGCAGGCCACCUAGUGCAACACCAAAUGUAUCGAAUUAUCAUGCACCAGCAGACAGAACUGAGAGGUCUACAAAAGAUCCAACACCCACCCCAGCUCAUCAAGUAAGUAAGCUGCUUGUUGGAUCUCAAGAAAAUAAAACCACCGCAUCCUUAAGCACACCUGUGAUUUCAGAGCAGGAGAGACCAAGGGAUGAUAAUCAGACACCUGCUCAACGUCAGGCGGCUGCUAAGUUGGCUUUGAGAAAGCAACUUGAGAAAACUCUGUUACAAAUACCACCACCAAAACCUCCACCACCGGAGAUGCACUUUGUACCGAAUCCGUCUAAUACGGAAUUCAUAUACUUGGUGGGCUUAGAGCACGUGGUUGACUUCAUUACUAAGGAGCCUGCUAUUCCACCACCUCCUGAACCAUUUGAAUGUACUCAAUGUAAAACGGAUUUCACACCCGUGUGGAAGUGGGAGAAACCUGUGACUGGUGGCAAAAAGGAAGGUCCACGAGGACAGCACGCAACUUUCCAGAGACCUCCGGCAGGUCGCGAUCCUAGGGUCAUAUGCGAGCAUUGCGUAACAACCAAUGUGAAGAAAGCUCUCAAAGCUGAACACACUAAUCGAUUAAAGACAGCGUUCGUGAAAGCACUGCAGCAAGAACAAGAAAUAGAACAAAGGUUGGCGCAAGCAGCAUGUCCAAGUCCAGAUCCACCUCCUCCAAAACCAGUUCCUAAAGCGGCUACUCCUACGAGGAGAGUGGCCACACCACCAGCUCCUCCACCGCAAGUGUCACCGGCACCGACGCUAGCACCAACCCCGCCAGCGCCCAAAUUACAGGAGCAUCCUCUGGUUAAAUUGGCCGAGAGUGGGAAGUUCAGCCCGCACCAUGCUGCUGCAGCUGCUUUGCAACAACAGUUGCUUAGAGAGUUAGCAAAGAAUCCUGUACCAGGUUUACCGCCACACCAACCUCUUCCUGCUCACAUGAUGCCACCGUUUACCUCGAUAUUAUAUCCGUAUCAGCUGGCAAUGGCGCAAGCUGGUGGAAAGGGUCUCGCAGAGUUACAACGACAAGCGGCAGACUUGCAACGCCAAUAUUUGCUUGACAUGAUUCCGUCACAAGCGUCACAGGCGCAGGGCAAUCAGGCACCACCUCGAGCCCAUCCACACAAUUGGAAAACGUAA